AUGGAAAGUCCCACGAUGGAGCCCUUUGUGGACCUGGACCAAGGCAUCUGCCUCGCCUUCCUCUCCCUAAUGGGUCUGUUCCUGCUGGCCAUGAUGGUGAGGUGUGCCAAGCUGAUCGUGGACCCUUACACAGCCAUCCCCACCUCCACCUGGCAGGAGGAACCUCUGGACUGA